GCCCGUGCGCCCCGGUUCCUUUCAUAGGCUCCCCCGCCCCGUCCCCUCCCUCCUUCCCCCGUGAUGGCGGAGGACAGCGAGUCUGCGGCCAGCCAGCAGAGCCUGGAGCUGGAUGACCAGGACACCUGCGGCAUAGACGGCGACAAUGAGGAGGAGACCGAGCACGCCAAGGGAAGUCCUGGAGGGGAUUUGGGAGCAAAGAAGAAGAAAAAGAAGCAGAAGAGAAAAAAGGAGAAACCAAAUUCUGGAGGCACCAAAUCAGAUUCUGCGUCUGACUCCCAGGAGAUUAAAAUUCAACAGCCUUCAAAAAAUCCAGCCAUUCCGAUGCAGAAGCUUCAAGACAUCCAGAGAGCAAUGGAGCUGCUCUCUGCGUGCCAAGGCCCAGCAAAGAAUAUUGAUGAGGCUACCAAACGUAAAUACCAGUUUUGGGAUACUCAGCCUGUACCUAAACUUAAUGAAGUUAUAACUUCACAUGGUGCAAUUGAACCAGAUAAGGACAAUGUCCGCCUAGAGCCAUAUUCUUUGCCACAAGGUUUUAUGUGGGACACAUUGGAUCUUAGCAAUGCUGAAGUUCUGAAGGAGUUAUACACACUGUUAAAUGAGAAUUAUGUAGAAGAUGAUGAUAAUAUGUUUAGGUUUGAUUAUUCACCUGAAUUUCUUCUGUGGGCGCUACGUCCUCCGGGCUGGUUACCCCAGUGGCACUGUGGGGUUAGAGUGUCUUCAAACAAAAAACUGGUAGGAUUCAUAAGUGCCAUCCCUGCAAAUAUUCGUAUUUAUGACAGUGUGAAGAAAAUGGUAGAAAUCAAUUUUCUGUGUGUCCAUAAGAAACUGAGAUCUAAACGGGUAGCACCUGUCCUGAUUCGGGAAAUAACCAGAAGAGUAAACCUGGAAGGAAUUUUUCAGGCUGUUUACACUGCUGGAGUGGUACUCCCCAAACCUGUAGCCACUUGCAGGUAUUGGCAUCGAUCACUGAAUCCCAGAAAACUGGUGGAGGUGAAAUUUUCACAUUUGAGUAGAAACAUGACUCUACAAAGAACAAUGAAGCUCUACAGACUUCCUGAUGCCACAAAGACUUCAGGUUUGAGACCAAUGGAACAAAAGGAUACUAAAGCAGUACAAGAAUUAAUCAAUACAUACUUGAAACAAUUUAAUCUUGCUCCUGUGAUGGAUGAAGAAGAGGUAGCCCACUGGUUCCUGCCUCGGGAUCAUAUUAUUGACACUUACGUAGUAGAGGGCUCAAAUGGUAUUUUAACAGACUUCCUGAGUUUCUACACAUUACCGUCAACAGUGAUGCACCAUCCUGUUCAUAAAAGCCUCAAAGCUGCCUAUUCCUUUUACAAUAUUCAUACAGAGACCCCCCUCUUGGACUUAAUGAAUGAUGCACUCAUUAUAGCUAAAUUGAAAGGAUUUGAUGUAUUCAAUGCACUAGACUUAAUGGAAAACAAAACAUUCCUGGAAAAGCUCAAGUUUGGGAUUGGAGAUGGAAAUUUGCAGUAUUAUUUAUACAACUGGAGGUGUCCUGGCAUGGAAUCUGAAAAGGUUGGUCUUGUAUUACAAUGAGGACAUUUAUGUUUCUAGAACUUUGAGGUCAUCGUUUGAGUUAAUUUGAUCUCCAUAACUCUUGGAAGGGUGUUGUUCAAGAGGAGUAAAAGCACAACGUCAGUGAUACUGAGGUAGUCCAUUAAAACUGAACAAUGAAGACAUCCAUAUGUGACCAAAUUUAUGCAUUUUCAGAUAGAUCAGAAGGUCCAUGAAACUCUUUUAUUGUCCAUGAAAAGAAUAAAAGCACAUUCAUUUAAGUUUCAAAGCUUAGCUUGCACCUUGAUGAGAAGAAGGUAUUUUUUUUCCACUCUGUAGAAAAGACUGUUUUGUACAAACUGAACUUCAGUGGUGGAUUAGGGUACAAAAAUAUUUGCUAUUAUGUGGAUGAACUGCUGCAUUUCUAUUUAUUAAGUGGUGGUGUAUGUUUGUCAGUGUAACAGAAUGAAGGAUACAAACUUGAGUAUCUUUGCUCAUUUACUUCACAUGGAUAUCAUCAUUUGGGGGAAAAACAAUGAAGUACAAUACGUUUGUAGCUCUAUGGAAGUCCUGGAUGUUUUUGUAACUAGAGCAGUAUGACAAUGUACUGGUUUAACUAGUGCAUUUGUUUCUCCAUAAGCAACGCUGCCAAAUCAAUAAAAAUAGAUUUGUACUUUGAUCUUCGAUAGAUCAGUGGAUUGAUUUAACAGUAUCGCACUGUUCAGUGCAGGUGUUAUCUAUGUUACCGGAAUGAUAAUACAUUACUGUACUUAAUUUACAGUUGUGGCACAAAACCUUAGUUUUUCCUCAGUAGAAUAACAUCAUCCUGUGUGUAAAACUAAGAAUUUUAGUAGUGCUAUCAGGAUAUUUAUAGUUUGAAUGUUUUCAACGCUUCUGCGAAAUUGCACAUAUUCCUUUGUCUACUUUGAUUUCCUAUGAAGUCUGUAAUUCUAAUGAAAACUAUCUUGUGUAAAUAUGUAUUCAGAAAUUGUUCCUGGUAGUGUUUUUAUCCUGACUUUGGAACAAGAAGUUUUACUAUAUAUGUGGCUGGUAAGCAGAAGAGAAACGCUCUGCCCUCAGUCCUUGGAAGUCUUUAUAUUGUACUUCCUGAAAUGUAGAAGGGCUGAUCUUUGUUGUUGGGAGGAGUUGUUAAUUCCCUCAUGAAUGCUUAGCAACCAGAGUGGCUUCUGAAGCACUUUAUAUGCAUUCCAGCAUAGUGUCAUAGCUAGGUAUGGUAGCAGUUCUUUCAGCUCACGCAUGCUGCAGUAACGUGAGCACUGAGGAAGUCUGCAGUAAGAAACUGUUCUAGCUGAAAGUGCCAAAUUGUGGUAGUGAAGCCUCUGUGCUGUAAGCAUCUUUUGAAUGUGACAUGAAUAUCUCAUGAAAUGCAAAUGUCUAACUUUCCUUUUAAACAUGCCUGUAAUUCUGAAAGCAGAUUUUGCUGAAAGUUGAAUUCUGUACCUGAAAACAUCAACUUAGAUGAAGAUAAAUUUUGUCUGUUCUUCCUAACUGCUAGCCCUACCCACCUCCUUAUAGCAGUGGGGUUUUUCUUUCUUCCCACUCCUUCUCCAAUGUGUGAAUGGUUUGUGGUUUGGUUUCUUGUGGAAUUGCCUAGAGACAGUGAUAAAUACUUUCCCUUAUGCUCUAUGAUUAAAGCAUUUGGCUUCCUUCAAACAAAGGAAGGGGUGAAAUAUGGUUUGUCUGACCCCUGGGUGUGCAUCAGCUUGGGACCUCAUUAAUUCAAAAGGGCUUCAGAGGAGAUCUUUCAGACAUCUAAUGGUGCAGCUGGGCUCUACAACUUUGGCCUUCUGAUAGCUGUCUGCUAGUAGCAUUCAUAACAGAUGGUGCAGAGGGAGCUUUGACUCCCUGUGUAAAGCCUGAGCAGAAUUAAGUGCCUGAAACUGUAACUGAUGGUAAUGAUAUCUGAGGUUUCAAGGAUUUAAUCUCAACUCCAUCAAAGACUUAGUUCUUAAUUCCCAAAAGGCAGGAAGGUGCCUUCCUGGCUGGACAUUGGCAUUGGAGCCUGCUGGGAUGAGGAGGAAGGUGCACCAAGGGGCUCAGCACAUUAUGCUUCAGCUUUAAAGGCAGAGCUCACUUGGGUGCUGUUCAGCAUGAGGUGGGACAGCAGGGCAUGGCUCUGUCUUCAUGGCUAAGGUACUGAGUUGCUAAGAAAUUAUUGUGGCCAGGCCUUCCCUUGCUUGGAGAGGUGAUCUUGAAUGCCAGGUGAAAGAUACGCUCGCUGUUCUCUGCCUUCCCUUCCCUUCAUGGAAAUGCAAGUGGAAGAAGGGAUAGCCAGACCUUUUCUCUGAAGUCAGAAGGGAAAUCCUCCCUCCAGCACUAUUGAAGCCAUGAUGGGCCCAAACAUGUCCAGGUAGAAGACAGACUUGAACCUGGCUUUCUGCCCUAGUCUUGGGGUAAUUGCACAUGAAGGAAGGUGUGUGCUGUAUUCUGGGAGAACAGUGCCAUUUGCUUCUGAAUCUGAAGGGUAAACUUCCCCGUCUUGUAAAUGUUACAGUUAACUAGCAUGGCUAAGUACACUAGUGCUAGCAUGCCUUCAAGUUUUUUGCAUACAAAAAGCCAGAACAAAGGCUGUGUAUGAAGGACUACAAAGCCAGGCAAAACCCUCUCAUCUCUUCUCGCCACCCUCAGCCAGGGAGGACAGAAACUUUGGCAUUAAAUAUCUUACUUUUGUUUAAACUUAAGGGAGCAUCAUGACUACAGAAUCAUUGCUACUGCUUCCAUAUGUAGUUGGUAUCAUGAACUGAAGUCACACCUAAAAGAACCCCCAAAAUACAGAUUAGGUAUCUGAUGGUACUGUAUACUUGGAUUAGCAGAUUUAUGAAACCUACAACAUGUAAAUUCCAUUUUCAAGAAUACAGAGUAACUCAAGGUAUUUUGUUUCUCCUACAAUACCAUACUGAUGUUUGCUUAAACUGCAGAGGGCCAAGUAAGUUCCUCUGCUGUUUGUCUGAAUUGCAGCAAUAUUCCCCCUCCUUCCCACAACACAAAUAUCUCAUUAGGAAACUACUUGUAAUCUCUAGUAAAACUAAAGAAAACUCAAAAGAUAUGUCGACUCUUUCAGUCUUGUAGCAGUUACAGCUGUCACCUGCUUUUUACCCAACAGUGUAUGGCUUAUCUGAUUUCCUGGGAAACUAAUAGACUCCAUUUAGAAAUCAAAUGGAGUUUAGGUUAGCUUAUGUUUUCUCACAGGGUGUGUUAAUAGCUUGCAUAAGGAAUUCAUCUUUCAAAAUGCAGCAGUAGUAAUUGGGUUUUGUUCUGUAUUUGAAAAUAUUGUUCCUUCAGCGUAUGAGACACCAGGUAUUCUGGAAGUCAAGUUUGCCUAUGUUCUUCACCAGAACAAGGUUAUUGUUCAGCGAACUAUGACAGUUCCAAAGGGAAGUCCAACUGUGCUGUUUACUUGAAACAAGCAUUGAACCAGCUUUAAAAGUUAUACUGGCAUGGACCUUUGUUUAAAUAAACUUUCACUUUUGGUAUUGA